UGGGUAUUACCGUAUCAGUUCUGCCUUGGUACACUCCCUCAUUCUCUCACUGCAAUGUCCACAAAUGGCAGCUAUUAGAAUCCGCUAGCUAUAAUCUCAGUCACCUAAAUGCUCAGUAAAUCAACUCGUUGGGGAUUAGCUAACAUCCCAGAAAGGAUGCAUUUCUUGCGGCUGUAAUUCCGAAAAAGGGGAGAAGAGGAAAAGAAGAUAAAGUCUAAACCAAGAUUGUUAAAAAAAAAAUCUGAAUUGUUGGCCUCACUGGAACUCUCCCAUGAUGCCUGAGGUUCGGGAACUUUCAGACGCACUGCCGGAGUUGCCCAUGGACCCCAUCACUGGCGUUGGGGUGGUGGCCUCGCGAAACAGAGCGCCUACUGGCUAUGAUGUGGUCUCCCAAACAACAGAUGGCCUUGACGCUGACUUGUGGAAAGACGGCCUGUUCAAAUCCAAGGUGACGCGCUACCUCUGUUUCACCAGGGUCUUCUCUAAAGAAAACAGUCAUUUAGGUAAUGUGCUGGUGGACAUGAAGCUUAUCGACAUCAAGGACACUCUGCCUGUAGGUUUUAUUCCCAUCCAGGAGACGGUGGACACACAGGAGCAGGCCUUCCGGAAGAGGAGGCUGUGUAUCAAGUUCAUCCCACGGGACUCCACAGAGGCAGCCAUCUGUGACAUCAGAAUCCUGGGCAGGUCCAAGCAGGCCCCACCGCAGUACACCUUCAUAGGUGAGCUCAACAACAUGGGGAUCUGGUAUCGCAUGGGUAAGGUCCCGCGUGCCCAGGAAUCUUCGCCAACUCCAACCACCAAUAACAUCCAGAACAUCAACUCGACGGCCAACACCACACCAACCCCAGCAGCCCCCCUGCCCAAACAUAUAUCCAUGACGCUGCCCGCCAGUUUCAAAAGGCAAACCACUACUAGACCAGAUUUUGAACACCAGAGCUCCAACCUGUACGCCAUAUCAGCAAUGGAUGGAGUGCCUUUCAUGAUCUCUGAGAAGUUCGCCUGCGCUUCCGAUGAUCUGCAGCAGGUGGAUCUGAUGGGCAUCACAAUCAAGUCGCUGACGGAGAUUGAGAAAGAGUACGAGUAUAGUUUCCGCACAGAGCACAGCGCAGCAGCGAGGCUGCCCCCCAGUCCCACACGGAUCUCCCUGGGCUCUGAGGCCUGAGCCCCCCCCCCCCCCCCCCC